GAAAAAUUAUAAACGCGUAAGUAAACCACUUCAAAAGCAAAUACAAUUUAUCCGCAAAUAAGUAGAUAUUUUAUGUAGUGAAUUAACAAAGCGUGCUGCAUAACCGCAUUAUGCUUCGCGAUCACCACCGUGUCCGAGAAUUGUCCAGUUGUGAUGAGAGGUGCUAGACUGAAACAAAUCUCCUGUUUAUUUGCAGUUAUACGCUUUCCACAGCUCAGGCAGACGCUAAUUAUUGAUAAACUUGAUCGCUCAAUAAUAAUAAAACAAUGAACCCGAUGUAAUAUUUUAGUACAAAUAAUAUAUCACGGGCCGCGUCUGUUACCGCCGAAAAUGAUAAAAGAACGAACGUAUGAGAUUUGAGUCAGUUUCGCUGCCGAAUUCAUUGAUUACGCCAUGUUAAUACCGGUUUUCUUAAUUAUUUUAUGCGUAAUAUUAUAUUAUUUUUAUUGGAGAGAUAAGAGCAUCAAUAAUGUUCCGUUGUGCGACAAAUAUCUGCCUAUUAUUGGACACACGCAUCUGUUUAUUGGGAACACUAAAAGAGUACUUCGAACUGUGAAAAGUAUAUGUGAAGACACGAACGACAAGGGCGGUGUAACGGUGGCUAGAUUAGCACUCCAAGAUUAUUAUGUAAUAACUGAUCCAGUUGAUAAUUUGAAAAUAGCAAAUGGAACAUUUCUGAAACACUUUGCUUAUCGAUUUACCAGCCACUGGUUAGGGGAUGGUCUCAUUACUUCUUCAGGUGAAACUUGGAAGCGUCACCGUAAGCUGCUUAAUCCGGCGUUCAACCAACAAAUACUAAACAGCUUCAUCGGUGUAUUCAACGAUGAAUCAAGGAAACUGGUUUCUGAAAUCGGAAAUGAAAUGGCCAAAGGCCCCGUGGAGGUUACGACACCCUUCAGACAAAUGGCUUUCAGAUUAUUAUUCUUAACGGCGUUUGGUAUACCAGUGGAGGACAGCGAUUUCAAUCAGAAAUACAUCCACUCGGUCGACAAAUUAUUGUCAAUGUUGAUAUAUCGGUUCCAGAAUGUUUUAUUACACAAUUCGUUCAUUUACAAAAUUAGCGGCUUAAAGAAAAAAGAAGAACAAAUUGUUGAGACAGUACAUGCAAUGUCGAACAUGAUUAUAAAGCGUAAAAGGGAAGCUUCUAAGAACAAAUCACCGACUGACGAACAUUGUUACGACACCACACACAGAUAUAAAUCAAUACUCGAUCUGCUUCUGAAAGGAUUGGACGGAGAUGCUCUGACCGACAAAGAGAUCAGAGAUGAGGUCGACACCAUCAUAGUCGCCGGAUACGAUACAUCGUCAUGGGUCUUGACGUUGGUCAUGAUGGCACUGGGCUCUUACCCCGAAAUCCAGAAUAAAGUUUACCAGGAAGUAAGCUCCAUGUUCGGAGACUCAGAGGCAGACGUCGAUAAAUCACACUACCCAGGGUUGGUUUACGUCGAAGCUGUCCUAAAGGAGACCUUGAGACUAUAUCCGAUCGUACCAAUUGCUUUGAGACAAACUGAAAGCGACAUUGAACUGAAGAAUUACACGAUACCGGCCGACAGUAACUGUGUGCUGGGUAUCUAUGGUCUGAACCGUCACCCAGUGUGGGGCCCUGACGCGCACACGUUCCGACCAGAGCGCUGGUUGGAGCCCGGAGGUGUGCCCGACGACCCUAAUGCAUUCGCAGGAUUCAGCGUCGGGAAACGGACAUGUAUCGGUAAAGUCUAUGCUCUGAUGUCUAUGAAGACCACUCUAGUGCAUUUAAUACGACGAUACAAGGUUACCGCAGAUAUCUCCAAGGUGGAAUUCAAAAUGGAUGUGCUCAUGACGCCGGUGAACAACUGCAACGUCAAAUUUGAAUUGAGGAAGUGAAUGCUUCUUGUACGAAUGUAGAACUUGUAACUACAGGAAGUGGAUUACACUAAAUUUCCAUAAUAUAUAUAUGAUCACGCCACGUUAACUGAUCCCGUGUUAACUUCGUGAAGAACUUGUGUUACAGGUACCAGAUAACGGAAACAAAUGUAAGAUUUUUAUUAUACACAUACAUAUAUAUAUAAUAUACAUCCAUAACCCGGGAAAAGACAUUUUAUAUUUAUCAUACGAAUAUCUUCCCUUGGCGGGAUUCGAACCCGCGACCCCCUUGUGUAGUGACCAUGUCACUUACCACUACACCAGACGGCGGUUAAAUAUAAUAAUAUAUAAUAAUAAUAAAUCUCAUAGCGAAUCAAAAUUAUGUAAAAAAACUAGUUUUUGGCUCGUAACUUGACCCGUCUGGACCACACUUGACCGCUUGUGCGGACACUCGCGGUCAGCAGUGGAAUUCUGCAAUAUUUCCCGGGACUCAAACUUUUUAGAUAUUGAAGUUAUUCAAAAUCAUAUUAAUAGUUCGGUCGUGAAAAUAUUACAGACAAACAGUGUUACUUUCCAACAAAACAUACAUAUUUACUAUGUAAUUUCUAGCAUCUAAGUUAGAUGCAUUAUAUGCAAAUUAAAUUAUUUGCAUAUUAUUAACAUAAACAUUUCAACGCUGAGAUUAAGAUUUUCAAAUAUCAGAACGUAAAUAUACUAUUCGUUUUUCUGUAUUUUCAUAUAAAUGUUCGAUUGUAUGUAUUAAUUAUAUUUUAUAUUAAAUC